CCAAAACACCACAUUACUCAUAUUUCUCUCAAUUUUCUUCAAGAACACUCCCUAGGGUUUCAAACAAGAUUCUCAAAUAACUCAAGAUUCAACCAUGGGUUUUAGAAGAUAAUUAGAGAUUUGGAAUCCCCAAUCCGUAAGCUUUAGGAAUCAUUCAUUAUUUUCUGAAAUAGAGGUACGUAGGGUUUAUCCUAAAAAUUACAUGGUCUUAAAACCAUUAGAGCAUGAUUUUAAGGUUUUGAUGCAUGUAUUUUAUGGGGGUUUUGAAAACUAUAUUAUUGAUUAUGUAAUUUGAAAGUUUCAAUGUUGUUAUUGUUUUGACCUUGUGGUCUUAUCCCCUAAAUUGAUUUACAUGUAUACGUAUAUGUAUGGAAUUCGAGAUUUAAGAUUGUUUGAGAGCAUAAAUUAUGAACUCCCUCUCGUAUAUCGAAUUAAGGAUUAUGGUUUUGUAAUUUGAAAGAUGUUUUCGCAAUAUUAUUGCAUUUGAUCAUGAUUUGAAAUUGUGAGAGGGUGGUUCUUGAUAUAUAUAUGUGUGUGUGUGUGUGUGUGUGUUCUUGUGUUUCAAAGAAAGAAUUGCAUGUGAAUUGAGAACUUUGGCAUGACCACCUUGUACUGUACUAUUGAAAUGCUUGACAAAGAUGAGUUCCUUGCAUGCGUUUUACAUAAGGUUUGAGAAAGAGUUUCUUGAAUUGAAUUAUUGAAAUGGUGGUCCCAAAACUUGUGUUUUGAAAACAGAGAUUUAUGACAAACUAAUUAUGGCUCAGAGAUGUGACUUGCAAGUCAAUGGUAUGACGAUACCAUAUGUAUUUAUGCCAUAACAGAUUAUGUUUUCAGAGUAUGUUUUCAAAGCAUGUUUUCAAAGUAUGUUUUCAGAGCAUGUUUUCAAAAACUGCAUGUUUUGAUAGAGUUUUAAAAAGGGGCUUAAAGAGGGUUAGGUGGUUACCCGAAGAAGGCGCGAGUUAAAGCAACUCUUAGCCUGAAACUGUAUUUGCCGAUACGGGUAGAUUAUUAUUGUACGCUGGUGACGGCCGUGUGGCGUAGUAGAGUCAGAGACUCCGACCCUUGUGGCACACUUGGGUUGGGGGCUUCGCUAUCGAGUUAAUGGCAGUUUCCAUAUAGCCCAUGGAAUUUUUUAGAGUUGUAGAGUAUACCACCUAACGCAGAUGUAAUACAGAUUUUUCAGAGUCAUGAUGAUUUUCACAGUCUUUUAAAAUGCCCAUGUGAUUUCUUACUGUAUAACAUGUUUAUGAACUGUUUUAAACUGCUCUCAUAUAUGUUAAUUAUAAAUGAUUAUUUUGGAUUUACUCUGCGUACCAGUACAUCUGUAUUGACCCCCUCUCCUCCCUCCAGGUUCUAAGGUUCAGUCUAGGGGUUCAGAUAAGCAAUAGAUAUUUCUGACAAGUGAUCAGAUUGUGCAGUGGUGAGCCUUCUCUAUUCCAGAAGGCCUGUCUUUUCAUAUCAUGACAAUUAUUUCAGUUUUGGUAUACUGGGGGCCUUGUCCCAGCUUUAGACCGUCGUCAGAUUUUCAUAUAGUAGAGAUUUCGCAGAUUGAGUCAGAUGGUUUUUAGAUAUUGUUGGAGUUUUCCUUCAUUGUUAAAUUAAUUUCAGAGUAUGACCAUGUUUCCGUAUUCGAUGUAUAAUUCCGCAUUUUCUUUUUGUAUACGAAUAUUGUGCAAGAUUACCAGAUAGAGAAGGGCGUUCCGGGCCUUCCUGGUUCGGGAUGUCCGUCACGGCCUGGCCCUAGUUCGGGUCGUGACACUAGGUGUGAAAUUGAUUCAGCAGCGGAAUGGUUUCUGUGGCGUCCUUAUGCCAUUGAUACUGUGAAGAAUCGGGACAUCGACAAAUUCUACAAGGGAGGAAUAUGUGGUGGUUGGACCAAAUAUGGGAAGAGAAAUCUUGAUAUUUGCUCGACUUGUUCGAGCUUCUGAACUAGUUGGGAUGGAUUGUGAAGAACUGUACAACCCACAGAGUAUCAAUGCAAUUUGGACUCGAUCAAGAUGUGCCUGGUUGUGUGAAUCAUAUUUGGAGAAACUAUGACAGACCAAUUGAAGAUGUCAACAUCUAUAUACCUUCCAGGCUCUUCGAGUCAGAUGUUAGCAAACGAUACUUGGAAAAGUGGAAGAACCAAAACGUUGCACCAGAGGAAGCAGUUAAGCGUGUAACCAACGGACAGGGGUACAAAACUCAUGGAAGGAUACCAAGACUGUCGGGAGGACACAAGGAAAAACUAAAUGCCUCAGUGUGUUGUGAAUUUGCACCGAGAAGUGAUGAGGAGGAGGCUCCUAAAAGAAGGAAUUACUGUACCUGGUAAUCAAGAACUCCUACCUAGCAUCCACAACCAAUCUUCUUCAGCUUUCAAUGAUGGAGCUAGAACUCCCACGGAAAGGGAGGCCUUAACGGAAUCAAAACCACUAAACGGAACACUUGAGACUUCAAAGGUAAAAUCGGAGGAAUUAGAUGCAGAUGAGGCAUAUGUAGUUAACCAGAUGGUGCAACUAGAGAGCAAGGACAACAAUGACAAAGGUGUCUGUAAGCUCAAUUUGCCAGAUAGUUUAGAACUUGCAAGUGAGGGUCCAAACGCAACUAGGAACGAUGGUAGAUUUGCAAAAAUUUCAGGUACUGAUACCGCUAAAAUGAGUUUGCAGAUUAGCAAUGAUUCAGUGGAAGCACGUAAGGUAACUACAAAUAUGCUGAUCAACAGGACUGAAGGAAAUAUGCAGAUGCAGAAAAUUGAAAUGAUCGAUAUUCCGAAACUUGAGAAGAGGUUUAAUAACCUUGAAAAUAUCAUUGCUGGAAAGGUUCCAAGGCGCAGGACAAGAUGAAAACAACCAAAGCUAAACUAUAAUGUUGAUGCUUAUAUCUUAGUUUCUUUUUUUUAUUUUUUGUUCAAGAAGCUGUGUAGUUCUUCUCUAUUACCUAGUUAUCGAAAACAGUUAGAUAGUGUUAGUGUCUCAUUCUUCUCUUGCUACGGCAAUGUUAUUGAACUAAUGGAAUGAAUUAUAGUUAUCUCAGCUAAUGUAGUGAAAGUUUUAUACUUGUAAUAUGCUUCCAGUUCACUAGUUUAGUUGUUUUAUUC